AUGGAUAUGAUCGCACAAGAAACAAAACAAGGCAACCUAAGGCGUCCCUUUUCAACGCCACCAAGUUAUCCAAGCCAUCUGUCACCUACAUCAAGGUUUGGCCCUCCUUUCCCGUUUCCGGGUCACAACUUGUCUCCUACACCUCAUGUCUCGCAGCAAUCUAGGACCGUUUCGACGGGGUCCUCUGCACCCUCCACUGCCACUCUAUCAUCUGGAGGCAGUCUACAAGAUGGUGCGCCGCAGCGGUCAAUGCAGCAGGACACACGGCGGCGUGUACCUCCAGAACGGUUCUUCCCUAAUUCUGGAGCUUCGUCCGCCGUAGAGGGCGCCGCUCGACAACAACGCACGUUGAUGUACCAUCAACAGCUGCUCUACGUGACAAAGCGGUUACAUCGCCUCGGGUUUGGAAAGGAUCCCUUCGGUCGAAGUCAAGAAGCGGGUGCUACUUCACUCGGAGCCGCGCAACCGCAACAAAGCGUCUUUCAGCAACCCCUCCACCAAUUGCAGCAACUUAACCCGCAACGCCAGGAUCGAUCAGUUCAUCCCUCAGGUCAAUCUGCAGAGCUAUGUGUCGACGAAAGUGGUAGUCAGACAGCAACGACAUCUCAAGGAAGCAAUAGUCCAGUAUCCCAGGCGUCCGCAAUGGUAACAUCUGAUCCAACGCAAGCACAGAGUCCACAUAUCCGUGGUUUCUUCAUGCACCAACCUGUCAGACGCUGUAGCAGCGUCUCUCAGAGUCCUACGGGAAUGCCCGCUCUAUCCGGGAUGUUCGGCGUGCAGACGCCGUCGCAAUAUGGCCGUGCGGUCCAAUCCGACGCCACCAUACGACAGCUUCUGCAGCGCCAGUCGAACCAACCGUACCCGACCUCGGGCACCCCUAUCCACCAACUGCACCAUCAACAUCAACGGUAUGUGCAACAGCAACACCAUCACCAGCAGGAACACCAGCGACGUUCCCAAACGCCCAUUCGUAAAGCUCCUCUCUCGCAGCAGUUAAGUGAAGGGAGCGGUAGCGUGAAGCCGGCAGCCGUGGGGCCGCGACGUUACUCAGCGCCGUCAUACACCACCGAAGUCGUAAUGAAAAAAGAGAGUGGUGAUCAAUUCUCAAACCAUGGUGGAGCCACAGCCCAACUCACUGAAAGCACCCAAGCUAUGGACUCGGCGGGAUCAGAGGGAUUGGAACCACUCUCUUACGUACAGAGGGACUCUUGCCUUGUCACCGGUGUGGUGAUAGGCGAUUGA